AUGGACCUCGACCACGACAACCGCGCCUUUUUCGAGGCCAUUCCCGGCUUCGACAAGCUACUCCAAGAUGAAAGCUUUGUGACAAUCCCGACGAUAUCCCGCCAGGAAAAGACGCCCAGCACUGAAGAUACCUUGCUCUGGCGUACUCUCAUGACCCCGAGGACCUUUGCCAAAUCAUUAUCGCAGUACCGCCAGCCACAAAGCCGAUCAGAUCUGUCUGUACGCUCAACCGCUGUCGCGGAAGAGCUCCGUAUAUUCUACCAGCUGGGCACAGACCUGAAUGGGUUUCCGGACACCCUUCACGGCGGCAUCGUAGCCACCUUGUUAGACGAUUGUAUGGGUCUGCUUCUGGUUCUCCGACGAUCCGAGAGCAGAGAGAAGGUUGACAUGGGCUGCGUGACGGCGUACUUGAACACCAAAUUUCUUCGGCCUACUCGCACUCCUGGGCCCGUGGUGGUCCAUGCGCGGUUGAUUGAAAAUAAAGAAGAUCGGAAGUUCAAGCUCCAGGCGGAGAUUCGGGACCCGCAGAACCAGGUUCUCGCUGCGGGGGAAUCCUUGUUCAUCAAGCUCCGGGCGAAGAUUUAA